AUGAUUGAGGGAAUGGUGAAGGAUGGUGUUAUUGAACCUUCAUCUAGUCCAUGGUGUUCACCUGUGGUGCUGAUAAAGAAGAAGGACGGCAGCAUGCGGUUUUGUGUUGACUACCGCCGCCUGAACGACGUUACGAAGAAGGACAGCUAUCCCUUGCCAAGAAUUGAUGACACGCUGGACAUGCUUACAGGCGUAAAGUGGUUUAGUACGCUGGAUCUGAAAAGUGGCUACUGGCAGGUUGAAAUUGACCCUAAGGACAAGGAGAAAACUGCACUCUCCACAGGAAAGGGUUUGUGCUAA